GCUCAGCUGUCUGCCAGUCACUCAUCCAUUUUAUCUUUCCUGUAGAGCACAGCACUUGCAGCUGGGAUUUACAUAUCUGCAGUACCUCCUCUUCCUGCAGAAAUAGAUUCACCAAGUAGUUUGGGUGAUGAACAACAGUAUGAUGACACAGGUUUUAUAACAGGGAUGGAUCUUCAAACACAGCAGUUCUCUUCGACUGAGAAAGAAAAGAAAGAAAUGGAAAUGCAGAAAGCUUAUUCAAGCUCUCAGGCUGGACAAGGGAAAGACACUAGAAGAAUGCAUGUAUUCCUUCUUUAUGGGCUGGUGGUCAUAUGCUUUGUGAUGUUGGUUGUACUCAUCGUUCUGUUCUUGGGAAAAUACUCAGAAAUUUCGCAGGAGUUAAAAGAGCUGCAUUUUAACAAUUCCGAGAUGACAAUGACUGUUUUAAAGGACCUGGAUGAUAUCCGAGCAAAGCAAGACAUUAUUCAAAAAUCUGUGAGAAAUGAUUUUACUGACCUUCAGGACAUCACUGCAUCUAUCUGCAAAAAACUCUCAAUCAGUCAUUCAUCAUGCCCAUCCAAAUGGACGGCCAAAGAGAAUGCCUGCUAUUACUUUUCAUCUGGGACAAGAACCUGGAGUGAGUCUCAGUCGUACUGUAUUGAACAGAGGGCUUAUUUGGUCUCUGUGGAAUCUGAUGAGGAACAGGUUUUUCUGAGAAAUGCCAUCACUUCCAGAGGGACAUACUGGUUAGGUGCAACUGACAUAUCACAAGAUGGGAAAUGGAGAUGGAGUGAAGAUGAUAAGCUUGUAACUAUUAGCUUUUGGGAUAUCGGGGAGCCAAAGAAGGGUUAUAACAAGGACUGUGGAAUCAUGUACCCCAAUGGGUCAUGGGCAGCUGCUGCAUGUUCCAUUUCAUAUCACUGGAUUUGCAAAAAGCACCUCAUCUGCUGAUAUGUGUCUUGGACCAGCUCUUGGGACAUGACUGUUCUGUUUUACAUUUCCCUAUGCCAUACUGGAAUGCAUUCAAACUCCCUAGCACCUAAAUUGAACAUUAUAUCUUUUGUCGUUUAUCCUUUCUUCUGGGCCUGAAAGAAUUCUAUAUGCUAAUUUAUACUCUCACAUCAUCCAUGACAGACCUAAGAAUUUCCUUGCCCAUGGAUAAGGUGGGUGCAGGAUUGACUGCUUUGUGUAAGGCAGAAAUGUCCAUAAUGCAAGGUGAUUGCAUUUUUUUGCUUUUCUGAGCAUUCUAGCACUAGACAAAGAAAAAGGUCAGGCUCAGCUUAGAACUAAGUUUCAGCAAGAAAAACCUCACAAAAUCUCAAAUCUGGGUUGCAGAAUCUCAAAUCUGGAUUGCAGAAUCCAGGACUUUUCCUCUCAUUUAAAAAAGCUGAAGAAGUAUUUUAACUGGAUUGACAGAAUCAGCAAGUGCCUAUUACGUAAACAGCAGAGGAGAAGAAAUAAAUACUUCAAAUAAUACAGACUUAGCAGAAGGUAUGUUUGCAGUCACCAGUAACAUUGCCUUCACUAGCCAGUAGGUGACUGUGCUGUCCUUGUCACCACCAUAUUUCACAAGACAAUGUCAAGGGCAGUGCACUAGUCAAGGAGGGAAAAUCCCGCAGCAAAAUAUAGUUGCCUGUAAACAGAACACAAACUGGAGGAAAUACUUUCAGAACCAUGAACAUGGCUGUAAGAAAGCUAUCUGCUUCCUCCAAAAUACUUACAUACUUUCCAUGCUUCACAAUCGACUCAAGUAUCUGAUAUUACUGGUAUAAAGAAGAUAGCAUCGUGAUGGGUUUGGCUUCCUUCCUGCACAUUUCUGGAGGAACAUGUCAAGAGAGUUCAAGCUCCCAACUGCCAUAGAGAAACUAUCUUACCACCAGCAGCAUAAUGGCAAAGAUCUUUGUAGACUGUGUUUAGGAAUCUUCUCUAAUGGCAGAAAGUCAGCAGAACAGCCAUUGGGUCAGACAAACAGAAAGGGUACUGUGCCAUGCUAGGUGCUAUGUGUUUGUUAUCUUUUUUAAAUGCCACCGUCACAUAAGCAGAUGUUCUUUUUUAGGAGGACUUCAGAGAUUAUCGUAAAUAGGAACAUCUAGUGAUUGCUGAGAGAGAAGUGAUUUACCCCUAUGUAUUAAUCUUGUCUCUGUAAAGGUAGCAGGGCGGGUCACAUGAUGUUAUCUUCCUAAACUGCUAUUAUUUUAGGACAUUUUUUUUAAGUUUUAAAAAUGACACCACUUUUCAUAAUCCCAAAAGGAAAAUUUGCAAGUUUAUUUUGAUUGCCUUAUAGCAUUUUGUAAUCAGCUUUAGCUUGUUCUUAUUCACUAAUCUUGAUAUGUAUGUAGUUCUGAAAUUAUUUCCUUUUCAGUGGUUGGAUGAUUCAUUAUUUGCAUUAUUAUGUACUAGAUUUUAAAUGGUUUGAUCAGUUAUCUUUCAUAUCACGUUCAAUAAAAGCUUAUUGCAGUUG